AACAUCUAAAAGGACCCACUUCUUCCAAAGGAAUUUCUUAUAGGGAUCUUCCAUACCAACCAUAUCCAUGGAAGGAGAGGGAAGGUCCACCACAACAAUAUACACCAAACUAGGGUCUCAAUAAUACAGCUAAAUUAAUCUUUCCAUGGCACAGAUGUUUGUUCACCCAAAAUUGGUAUCCAAAAGCUCAAAACCCCAUACAAACAAACUUUUAUCAUAUCAUAUGCCACCAACAAUCUUUUAUUUAUAAAUUAUUGAGGGGAUCAAAUUAGUUAGAACUCAAUAAAUAAAUCUCAAUACAUAUAUUUUCAUAUAAUUUUGAAUUCAAAAGAUUAUCUAUUAAACUAUUAGGAGUCUACUUUCGUUACAUUUUCUCCUACGUGAACCUCUCAAUAUAAUUUAACAAACAGCCAAACACGUCCUUAUCACGGUUCCAUCGUCUCCUUUCUCUCCAUAUAUACACCAAUCCCAAGUUCGUUAUUAUCAUUAUCUCCAAUGUCUAGCUCUGGUUUCUCUUCAUCUACUGCUUCACCUUCGUUGCCAGCGUCAUCUCCGGUUACGGUUCAGGUGGUGUCAAAAGCUGUAUCGGACCGACUCCUUGAGAAGUUCUUUGACGUGUCUGAAUAUGACUUUGAUUAUGAGAAAAGCGGGAUUUGGUCUCCUCCGAUUCAACGGAGCGCCUUCAUGAGUUCACCGGGGAGGAUAUUCACUGAAGAAGACAUGCUUGAAAGGCUCAGAACCUUGAUGGACGAUCGACCACGGCGAAAAUGCAGUACCUGGUUCAGAGCAUUUUCAUGUUUUUGAAGUGAAAUUGGUAAAUGAAAAUGGCAUCAAGAGUAGGAAAAUAAUUUUCCAGGUUGGUUGAUUAACUAUGAUUUUGCUCCUCACCUUCCCACCUUCUUGGAAAGGACAAAGAGGUUGCUAAUCGAAUUCAACUGUUCUAGUUUUUCUAGUUUUAGCGUGGAUAACACAUGUUUAACCAGAUUAGUAUUACACACGAGAAGAAAAAAAAAAAAGAUGGAAAGCAAAG